GUCAAGGGACGAAAAGGACAACAUGAGCGCUUCUGCUGCUGCUGCUGCUGCUGAUUUUGAGAGAGUGGCUGUGUAAGGAACGGGGCAGUUUGGAUUGGUCCAACUGGUUCACUUUGUCUGAUUGGUUUGAUUGAUUGAUCGAUUGGUCGAUAGAUUCUCUUUCUUUGAGACUGUGGAGAGCGUCAUGGAAGAAAAUGCAGCCGGCUCCACCGAAGGCACUACAGCUUUUGUCAGAGAAAUGGGGAGCAUGGUAAACAAUCACGAUCUCAACGAAAUCAAACGGCUCCAAAUGCAAAUGCUGGGACGACUCCAAGACAGCAAUGCUGUUCUUUCGUAUUUCAAUGACUUCUCGGCUCGGAGCUUUUCUGUUGUCGCUAGCGACUUUGGAAAGAAUACAAAAAUUUUGAGAGGCAUGCGGGGCGAUCUGGAUUACAUCUUCAAGAAAAUCAGGGUACUCCGCGAGCGGAUCGCGAAGAGUUAUCCGAAUGCCUUUGAUGAAGAUGUCAUUGGGCAUAUAGAGGACACUAGACCGGAUCUCGAUCUUCCAAAAUGAAGUUGCAGGAACCGAAGAGACACGAAACCAGAUUGCUGAGAAAUCCCACACGGAUUCAAGUAAAUGGGGUGUUAGCUC